ACUCCGCCCCUUUCCUUAAGUUGCCCUGAUAGUAACUAGCAGUCGCAGAGCACAUGCACGCCUGGCUCGCUGCGUUUUGCUACCCCGCUCUUACCUGCUCGGGAAUUCGCCGUGUCAUUGCCUGGGGUACCUCUCCCACCCUUCACGACACCACGAAAGCUGUGUUCUCCAACGUCAAAGAGGCCUGGCGUUUCUGGGGGGUGAUUCCUAGACAUUGAAGUGCAAAGAAGAGAGACCCCUAGAGAGGCCAAGUAUGACUAAAAGCAAUGGGGAAGAGCCCAGGGUGGGAGGCAGGAUGGAGAGAUUCCAGCAAGGCGUCCGAAAACGCACACUCUUGGCCAAGAAGAAAGUGCAGAACAUCACAAAGGAGGAUGUUAAAAGUUACCUGCUCCGGAAUGCUUUUGUGCUGCUCACUGUCACUGCGGUCAUUGUGGGUACGAUCCUUGGAUUUGCGCUCCGACCAUACAGAAUGAGCUACCGGGAGGUGAAGUACUUCUCCUUCCCCGGGGAGCUCCUGAUGCGCAUGCUGCAGAUGCUGGUGCUGCCUCUCAUCGUCUCCAGUCUCGUCACAGGAAUGGCGGCCCUAGAUAGUAAGGCAUCAGGGAAGAUGGGAAUGCGAGCUGUAGUCUAUUACAUGACUACGACCAUCAUUGCCGUGGUGAUCGGCAUAAUCAUUGUCAUCAUCAUCCAUCCCGGGAAGGGCACAAAGGAAAACAUGCACAGAGAAGGCAAAAUUGUACAAGUGACAGCUGCAGAUGCCUUCCUGGACUUGAUCAGGAAUAUGUUCCCCCCAAACCUGGUGGAAGCCUGCUUCAAACAGUUUAAAACCAACUAUGAGAAGAGAAGCAUUAAGGUCCCCGCCCAGCCCAACGACACGCUCGUGGGUGCUGUGAUAAACAACGUGUCCGAGGCCAUGCAGACGCUCUCGCGGAUCACGGAGGAGAUGGUCCCCGUUCCGGGGUCAGUGAAUGGGGUCAAUGCCCUGGGCCUCGUCGUCUUCUCCAUGUGCUUCGGCCUGGUGAUCGGAAACAUGAAGGAGCAGGGGCAGGCCCUGAAAGAGUUCUUUGACUCUCUUAACGAAGCCAUCAUGAGACUGGUAGCGGUGAUAAUGUGGUACGCCCCACUGGGCAUCCUCUUCCUGAUCGCAGGGAAGAUUGUCGAGAUGGAAGACAUGGGCGUGAUCGGGGGCCAGCUGGCCAUGUACACCUUGACGGUCAUCGUGGGCUUGCUCAUUCACGCCGUCAUCGUCCUGCCCCUCCUGUACUUCUUCGUGACUCGGAAAAACCCCUGGGUGUUUAUCGGAGGGCUGCUGCAAGCGCUCAUCACAGCUCUGGGAACCUCCUCCAGUUCUGCCACCCUGCCCAUCACCUUCAAGUGCCUGGAAGAGAACAAUGGCGUGGACAAACGGGUCACCAGAUUCGUGCUCCCGGUAGGGGCCACCAUUAACAUGGAUGGGACCGCCCUCUAUGAGGCUUUGGCUGCCAUUUUCAUCGCUCAGGUCAACAACUUCGAGCUGAACUUUGGACAGAUUAUUACAAUCAGCAUCACAGCGACGGCCGCCAGCAUCGGGGCAGCUGGGAUUCCUCAGGCGGGUCUGGUCACCAUGGUCAUCGUGCUGACGUCUGUGGGCCUGCCCACUGACGACAUCACACUCAUCAUCGCGGUGGACUGGUUCCUGGACCGCCUCCGCACCACCACCAACGUGCUGGGAGACUCCCUGGGGGCCGGCAUUGUUGAGCAUUUGUCUCGACAUGAACUGAAGAACCAAGACGCUGAGAUGGGUAACUCAGUGAUCGAAGAGAAUGAGAUGAAGAAACCCUAUCAGCUGAUUGCCCAGGAAAGCGAAACUGAGAAACCCCUCGACAGUGAAACCAAGAUGUAGGCUAACAGCAAGAACGGCUCUCUUGGGCAGCAGGCAUUUGAAAGCCACGACAAAAUGCUUCCAUCUCAUUACAACUCCUUCUCGUCAGUAAGCCCCUCACCUCCCUUCUCCUCCCAACUGUCGUAGGAUUUGAAAGUCUGCAUCCAAAAAAACAAGGGAGGAUUUUGCAGCGGCCAAAAUGUAUAGUUUUCAUCCCACAUUUGAAAGUUUGAAGUCAUUUCAUGUUAGUCUUAUCUACAAUAAGGUACUGAGAUCAAAAGUAGUCUUGGUCGGAUCUUGCAAGUUCAUGUGACACAGUCCUGUAAAUGUGAUAUUUUUUAUAAGUUAAGGAGUCAAACCAAUAGUAGGCUAAAAAUAGGCAUUUAAAUCGACAUUCGGAACUUAGAAAUCCUUCAGAUUUCUUUAGAACACACUUCAGUGUUAGCAUCAAAACAACACGACUCGGUAGACUGCCAUCGGUUCACCGUUGGACAGAAGGGUGUCUUCCGCUUCCUGUCCUGAUUUGUGUUCUUGUUUCACUAGCAGCAGGACAAUAUGAAUUCACACCUAGCGCAGCUGUGAGCAGGUGCACAAAGUGAAAUUUCCACGUGGCCACGGGCAAGCUAGGUCUUAUCUCUGGGCCUCAGUGUCCUCAACUGUCAAAUGGGUGAGCUCCCUAAAUGUCCCUGUGGUCUCUUGUAGCCCAGUAUCCUGUGGCGUCAUUGCAAGAGCCUGUCCUCCAUUUCUCCUGGGAACAUCCUAAAGCAAGUGUCACCCUAUGGAGGAUGGGACCUUCAGAAAGGGCUUUAUUGGAAAUGAACACUUCUAAGUCAGGGGGGGAUGGCGGUAUGGUUUACUAGCUCCGGUGUCCAAAAUGUCAGGUGUGCAAGUCACCAGGCCAGAGGCAUUCUAGGAGUGGAAAGAUUCACAAUCUCUUCACUCACUUCUUCCCAACAGGGAAGUUUUCCCUUCUUCCUGCCUUCCACUGGACUGCUCUGGGAAGGAUGUCUCCCACCACUCCUCAACUGACAAUAGACUUUUAGAAACUAAAAUGUAAGACUAGCAACUAGCAAGGGUGCUCGUGGUCUUACUACGGAACACUACAGAGCCAGCUAGGAAAGAAUGAAACGCAGUUGACAUGAUAAAGAGAGGAUUUUAAACCACCAAGGUUAUAUGUAGGUCAUCUUUAAGGAAGAAUUUUUUAAUAAAAGAGGUUUAUUUUUUUAAGCUGGAAACACGUUUUUCUCUUCGAUUCAAAAACAUCCCCCAAGGAAGUCUGCAUAUCAAAAUACAAGGUUACUCCUUAUAUAUUUUCAACAAGCCGAAUGAAUGAGCUCUCUCUAGUAGAGGUCUGUGAGCUGGGUGGGUGGUCUCUUAUUCGAAGAGGUUUUUGACUAUCGUCAAAAGCUCUUAGAAUGAGGGAAACAAGAUACUUCUUUGUGUUGGAAUUCCACUUACCAAAUCAUUCAAAACCUUCAGCUGAAGUGGGGUUCGGUUUUGUUUUCUCUGGGUCCCUGAAAGACACGGUGGAAGAUGAAUCAGCACGAAGACAUUGCCAGUGCGGUUCCAACAAAAAAAAAACAACCCGCAGGCACACUGGUUCCAGGCGAGGCAGCUCCCAGGUUCAGAGAUUAAUUUUGUACCGCCCAAAGGACACAUCCACUCAAAGACAUGGAGUGGGAGCUGUCAGACAACACCAUCUGUGUUUGAGUUUCUGAUUGCAAAUGGUGAUGAAUGGACUUAAUUAUGCUAACAGACUGAAAAUCUAGACGCAUCCCCUCUGAUACACAAUUAGAGAGAUUUUUAUAUAGAUCCCGAGCAUUCUGUGUGCACAGAAGUUAGGUUGCCGUGGAGUAGCCUUGUCGAGGCUGGGUUUGGGAAAUACACUACAAAAGUCACUGUACAUGGAUGUCCUCUUUUGACGCCGGUAGGGCAAAAAUUAAUCAUGUCAAUUAAUUCUGUUACGCGGUGUGAUCUUUUUUUAUACUAACCAUUUCUUACGGAAAGCAAGUCCUUUAGGAUGACCCUCUCGCCAGCCCAUCACAGGCUCCGUGUAUACAUGCACCCGUGUGGACGGAGAAGCAUUACCUUGUAGAUGUAUUUUCAAUAAAGGAAAAAAAGAUAGUUUUACAUUA